UUGUUAUCCUAGUUCGGCACAUCGUGGACGAGCGUGAGCAAAAAAAAAAACAUAUAUAUAUAUAUAUAUAAAUAAAUAUUAGAUAAUAAAAACGCACAGGCUCGUGACGCAAAGCUAAUCCCAACUACAACAGCGAAAAUCCUGUGCACAACAACAAUAACAACAACAACAACAACAACUCACCUGCAGGCGCACCUGUGUCCACCGCAAAAACAACAACAACAACAACGCCCACAUAAUGACCAUGACUGCCGUCAGGAAUCAGGCUCCGGGUUUGGCAACGGCUCCCACUUUGGCCCGGUCACACAGGUUGCAAUUGCCGCUGCCGCUGCCCGUGCUGAUGGCGCUGAUGAUGCUGCUGCUCCUGCUGGUGCCGCCGCAGCCGUGCGAGAGCCGAUACCUGCCGACAAGGUCGCACGGCGACGAAUUGGACAAGCUGCGCGAGCUGAUGCUCCAGAUUUUGGAGUUGAGCAAUGAGGAUCCACAGCAACAACAACAACAACAACAACAACUACAACUACAACAACAACAACCACACCAAAUGCGUCUGCACAAUGAGGCCAACAAUCCGCUGACCGCUCAGCGUGGCAGCAGCGGCAGCAGCGGCUCGAAUGCCGCCUGGCUCCAGAAGCUGGGCGCCAUGGGCGCACUUGACACGGAGGGCGGCUAUGGGCGCUACUAAGCCCAAAACCCCAACAACUAAACCAUACGCGACGACCCCGAUUAAAACUUACAAGCAAACAAAAAAAAAACAAAAAAAAAAAACCAGGAAUGCAAAACAACCAUUUGAAAUGCCAAAUUUUUAAACAAAAACGAUCUGGUUCCCUUUUGAAAAGAAAUAUAAGUAAGCCAGCCAAUUAAGUGCGAACUAGUUCCAAAAGCAAGACAUGUUUUUUUUAGUAUGUUUGUAACGAACUGUUUUCAAAUUGAUGCCAAAUUUUUAAACUAAAACGAUCUGGUUCCACUUGGAAAAUAAAUUUAAAUAAGCCAGCCAAUUAAGAGCGAACUAGUUCCAAAAGCAAGACAUGUUCUUUUUAGUAUAUUUGUAACGAACUGUUCUCAAAUUGAUGCCAAAUUAUUAAACCAAAAUGAACUGGUUCCUGCUUGAAAAGAAAUUUAAGCAAGCCAUCCAAUUAAGAACGAAGUAGUUCCAAAAAAAAAGACUUGUUUAAAUUAAAAAAUUUUAAAGCACAUUUAGUUAAUAAUCAAAAGUAAACAAGUUUUAAACUGAAGAUAUUUUUAAAAGCUACCUUUGUAAACAAUAGUUCGAACAUAUUUUAAACGAGUCAUUUUACUAUCAUAUUAAGAGCUCAAAAUUAAAACUAUAUUUAAGUUAAACCAAUUUUAGAGAGAAUUUUGUUAGUCAUCAAUUAAAAACCAAAUGGUUCCAAAUCGAAGCAUUUUCUUGGUAAAAAAAUUAGCAUGGACCACUUUUUAAGUUAAUUAAUUCAUUCAUUAAAAGCGAACUAGUUCCAAAUUGAAACUAUUUAUAAAUUAAACCAAUUUUAACAGAAAUUUAAUUCAAUUUAAAGCGAACUAGUGCCAAAUUGAAGGUACUUAUAUUAAAACUUCAAAUUUAACUAAUUUCAAAGAGAAUUUAGUUAAUUAUCAAUUUAACAAUUAAUAGCGAACUGGUUCCAAAUUGAGAUCAAUUUUAAAAAGCUAACUUCAUAAAAAAACAGCUCGAACCAGAAACAGAGUUCAUUUUACAAUCACAUUAAAAGAGAACUAGCUCAAAAUGAAAACUAGUUUAUGCAAAAAGAAAAUUGAGUUAAGUAUCAAAGAAAAGCGAACUGGUUCAAAUUUGAAGCUUUCUUAAAGGAAUUGUAUUAAAUUGAUCUAACUUCUGAACGACUCAAAACUGAAUUGAGCACAGUCUUCACUCGAUAAAUUGUCAUGUUUUGGGUCUGUUCCUGUAAGCUGCGGCGUUUCAAAUAGUUUUUACAUUCCGGAACGAAAUAAAAUACCAAAAACUCAACGGUUUUAUAAGCGCAGGCAAACUGAACUCAAAAGAACUUAACAGUUCCUAUAAAAGAACAAUAAUUUUUAAACUUUUACGAUUAAUCAAAAAGAAAAAUAAAAAAAAAAAUAUAUAUGAUAUAUGUAUACACUAUAUAAUGUACAUGCAAUGUUGCUGGUAAUUCAAAUUAUAUAUAAAAUGAUAUAUAUAGAUAUACAUAUAUAUAUUUAUUAUUCCUGUAUACAUGUUCUUUCAACUUUGUAUUGUGGUUGCCAGAUUCUGUUGCAUGUUAACCGAGGAGAAGAAGAGUCAAUUGUAAAUAUUUAAACCCCGUCCCUGAAAGCAUAAAACUGGUGUGUGUUUUAAUGGGCCCCAAGGCUGGGCAAAUAAAUAUAAAUUAUGAGCAUAUUACUACCCAACUACCACAAAUUAAAAUGCCGACGCUUCCAUAACGCAGUUGUUUUUUCUUCAUCUUGUUUUGUUUUUGGGAUUUGGGGUCUGGCCUCCAAGCGGCACAAGUUACAAGUUCAGCGUCGAAUGCUUUUCCAUUUAAUGGCGCCAUAUACCUUAAACUUAUAUACACCAUAUAUACAUAUAUAUAGAUAUAUUGAGAUAUGUGUAUGAUGCAGCCCCGUUUAUAUGCGCUACAAAUACAGCUACAAAUGUACAUUUAAUUGUUAACUUAAUCGUUGUUUACCUUAUGAUCGAAAACAAUAAAAGAAAACAUUUUCAAUGCAA